CUUCGUGUUGACUUCGUAUCAACAUCCCAGCUCCCGUCAUGUCACGAAUCCAAGAAGAAGAGGCCCAGGACGUGCUUUUGCUAGUUCGAGAGUUAACAUCGGGACUUCGCUGCCGUCACAAGACAGCCUAUCUUUACGGAAUCUGGAAGAAAGAACUGCUCGAAAACAACACAACUCUUGCGGCCGCAAUCUACCCGUAUUUGUCAGCUGAAUCCCCUCCGGAGGCAACGCGUCGGGUGCCGUUUAACUUCAACGCACUAUCUAAUAACCAGUGUAUCGAACGUUUUCGCUUCGAUCAGCUUCAGAUUGUGGAUUUAGGGACUCUUUUUGGAAUUGAAGGAAUUCGAACCCGAGGGCAGACUGUUGCUACUGGUGUUGAGGGAAUCUGUAUCGUCCUCUACAAGCUUGCUGUUCCGAUACGCUGGGUCGAUUUAGAAGACUUUUUCGGAAGGGAUUCCAGUGGUUUAUCAAACAUUCUCCUACACAUGUUAGCCAUUUUGGACGAUAAAUUUUCUCGGCUGCUUCAUUUCAAGCACGAAUACGCUGCGGAGAACCUCCCAGCCUAUGCAGAUGCUGUACUUGACGCUGGUGGCGCUUUACAAAACGUGUGGGCUUUAUUGACGGGACAGUGCGUGGAAUUUGCAGGCCGCUUCCCCGCCACGCCAGUUCUUCUUCAGUAAGCGUCCUCGGUCUCGGACCUGCUUCUCCAGGCCGACGGUUUGGAUCGCAGCUGACACACGCUCAGCUACGGUCGCCCAAACUCGAGCAGAGUCUCCGUACUUUGCAGCAAACGGCUUUUGUGCAAUUGCUUCCCUCAUGAGCUCCUUGUCAUUCUCCUCGGCUGAGGCGUGUAUUGAUUGGAAAUGAGGAGGCAUCUAAAUUUUACCCCUAGAGCAGCUAAUAUAAAGCAACCACCCGGUAAGAUCAUGAUGAACACGGACGGUUUGGCUAAAGUUAGAGAAGUCUAUUUGUCGAUUGUAGUUACAGAUGAUUGCACAUUUUAUACCGAUACAGAUCAGCUAAAAACCUC